AUGAAUGAGAAGGAGAACACCGAAAAGAGAGAGGGGAGUUUCGACUCCGAAGUCGACUCUUCUCAGACUAGUGACUAUGAGCAACAACGUGAAGAGCUUCGCCUUUCAAACCCGCAAGGAGUUACGUCAACUCUCACCGGAGUGAAUGUAGAGAAAGCUGAGCAUGAUUUUGAGGAACUAAAUCGCCAGUUUUCGAGCAUAUCUCACCAAGCCCGUCAUAUAUCCAGGCAGGCGUCUCGAGCCUCGAGACCGACUGUCACCACUGAAGACCUAGAAGGGGCAGGGAGCUCUGCCGACUCAGAUGAUCUCUGGGACUUGGAGACCACUCUCCGGGGCAACAGAACCGCAGAGGAGGAAGCGGGUAUAAAGGACAAGCAUAUCGGUGUUAUUUGGAACAAUCUUUCUGUUCGAGGAAUGGGAGGUGUCAAGACCUACAUCAAAACCUUCCCCGAUGCGAUCAUCGACUUUUUCAACGUGCCAGAAACGAUCAUGAACAUGUUUGGAUAUGGAAACAAAGGGAAGGAAUUCAAUAUCUUGGAAGGCUUUCGAGGGCUCACCCGACCAGGUGAAAUGGUUCUAGUCCUUGGCAGGCCCGGCUCUGGGUGCACUUCUUUCUUGAAAGUCAUCGCAAAUCAGAGAUUUGGAUACACCGGCGUUGAUGGUGAAGUGAUGUACGGUCCUUUUGAAUCAAAAGAAUUUGCCAAACGAUUCCGUGGCGAGGCUGUGUAUAACCAGGAGGAUGAUAUCCAUCAGCCAACCCUGACCGUCAAGCAAACCCUUGGCUUUGCUCUCGAUACAAAGACCCCUGGAAAGAGACCAUUUGGGGUAUCGAAGGCUGAAUUCAAAGACAAGGUUGUCAAAAUGCUUUUGCGAAUGUUUAACAUCGAACAUACUGCCAAUACAGUUAUUGGAAACCAAUUCAUCCGUGGUGUUAGUGGUGGUGAGAGAAGACGAGUCAGUAUCGCUGAAAUGAUGGUCACUUCCGCGACUGUCUUAGCAUGGGAUAAUAGCACUCGUGGCUUGGAUGCCUCUACCGCUCUGGACUUUGCCAAGUCACUGCGCAUCUUGACGAACAUCUACAAAACAACAACAUUUGUUUCCCUCUAUCAAGCAUCUGAAAACAUCUACAAGCAGUUCGAUAAGGUUUUAGUCAUCGACAGUGGGCGACAAGUAUUUUUCGGUCCGACGGCCGAAGCUCGAUCGUAUUUCGAAGGGCUUGGCUUUCGCGAGAAGCCUCGGCAAACCACUCCAGACUACGUGACAGGAUGUACCGACCCGUUUGAGCGGGAGUUUAAGGAUGGAAGAACUGCCGAUGAUGUACCUUCCACACCCCAGGCCUUGGCAGAGGCAUUUGAGAAGUCAGCCUAUAGCAAGCAACUCGAUGAGGAAAUGCAGGCAUAUCGCGCACAGGUCGAACAGCAAAAGCAAACAUACGAUGACUUCGAGAUAGCCAAUCAAGAAGCCAAGCGCAAAUUCACUCCGAGAUCAUCUGUCUACUCAAUCCCCAUCCACAUUCAGAUUUGGGCUUUGAUGCAACGACAUUUCUUGCUCAAAUGGCAAGACAAAUUCGCGCUGACAGUCUCUUGGGUUACUUCGACAGGUAUUGCCAUCAUUUUGGGAACCGUGUGGCUCAAUCAGCCUGCUACCAGCGCGGGUGCUUUUACUCGGGGCGGAUUGUUGUUCAUUAGCAUGCUUUUCAACGGAUUCCAGGCCUUUUCUGAGCUUGGUGGCACUAUGAUGGGUAGGACAAUCGUCAAUAAACAUCGUUCUUUCACAUUCUACAGGCCAAGUGCUCUUUUUAUCGGCCAAAUCUUGGUGGAUACUGCAUUUGCAAUAGCACGCAUCCUGGUUUUUAGCAUCAUUGUCUACUUCAUGUGCGGUCUAGCCCUUGAUGCCGGAGCAUUUUUCACCUUUGUCCUCGUUAUUCUUACCGGAUAUGUCUGCAUGACUGCACUUUUCCGAUCCAUCGGGUCUAUUUGCCCCGAUUUUGAUUAUGCGAUGAAAUUCGCUGCUAUUGUCAUUACUCUCUUCGUGUUGACCUCGGGUUAUCUAAUCCAGUGGUCUGCUUCUCAGGUCUGGUUGAGAUGGAUCUAUUAUAUCAAUCCAUUCGGUCUAGGCUUCGCGUCUCUGAUGGUGAACGAGUUCAGUCGUCUUACAAUGACAUGUACGAAAGAUUCAUUGGUGCCCAGUGGCCCUGGAUAUGACGAUAUCGCACACCAGGUAUGCACUCUUGCCGGAGGUGAGCCAGGGUCGGACAUUAUUCCAGGGUUAAGUUAUCUUGCUACGACAUUCAGUUACCACAGCGCAGAUCUCUGGAGGAACUUUGGAAUCAUGAUUGCCCUGAUUUUUGGCUUCCUCGGGAUGAAUCUGUACCUCGGCGAGAUAAUGCAAUUUGACGCAGGCGGAAAGACACUCACGUUCUUCCAGAAGGAAAAUGACGAACGUGAACAGCUGAAUCAAGCACUCGACGUGAGAAAGGCAAGUCGUCAGUCGAAGACUGGGGAUACUACCGGUGCCAAGCUUGAAAUAUCCUCAAAGUCCGUCCUUACAUGGGAGAACGUAUCCUAUGAAGUCCCUGUACCAUCCGGCACACGACGGCUUUUGAAUUCUGUGUAUGGUUAUGUUCAGCCUGGAAAAUUGACAGCUCUUAUGGGCGCAUCUGGAGCCGGCAAAACUACUCUGCUUGAUGUGUUAGCCGCACGGAAGAACAUCGGCGUAGUGACGGGUGAUAUCCUUGUCGAUGCAGUCAAGCCUAGCACUUCUUUCCAGCGAAGUACUUCAUACGCCGAACAGCUUGAUGUGCACGAGUCAAUGGCCACUGUUCGUGAAGCUCUACGCUUCUCGGCCGAUCUGCGUCAGCCAUUUGAAGUUCCACGAUCCGAAAAAUACGAAUAUGUUGAGGAGAUCAUUAGCUUGCUUGAACUUGAAAGCCUAGCAGACGCGAUCAUAGGUACUCCGGAGACGGGGCUCUCCGUCGAGGAACGAAAGAGGGUUACCAUUGGGGUAGAGCUUGCAGCCAAGCCUGAGCUACUUUUGUUCCUGGACGAGCCAACGUCCGGCCUGGACAGCCAAUCGGCCUUCAAUAUCAUUCGAUUCUUGAAGAAGCUUGCUGCGGCUGGUCAAGCAAUCCUCUGCACAAUUCAUCAGCCUAAUUCCGCUCUGUUUGAAAAUUUCGACCGAAUUCUACUCUUACAAAGAGGCGGAGAAUGCGUUUACUUUGGUGACAUUGGCACAGAUUCCAAGGUUCUAUUGGACUAUUUCCAUCGCAAUGGUGCAGACUGCCCUGCUGAUGCUAACCCCGCUGAGUGGAUGCUUGAUGCUAUCGGCGCAGGGCAAACACGACGACUUGGAGACCGUGAUUGGGGUGAUGUCUGGCGAACGGCCCCCGAGCUGGAAGUGGUCAAGAAAGAGAUCAUUCAAAUUAAGGAAAGCCGUGCUAAGGCGGCCCGGCAGGAGACAAGCCAACAGAAAGACAUCGUUGAAAGAGAAUAUGCAUCACCACUUUGGCAUCAAAUGAAGGUAGUUGGACGCCGAACGCAUUUGUCAUUCUGGCGCUCUCGUAACUACGGCUUUACUCGACUUUUUACACACGUCGUUAUUGCACUUAUCACGGGCCUCGCAUUCUUGCAACUCGAUGACUCUCGUUCCUCGCUGCAAUAUCGCAUCUUCGUUAUUUUCAAUGUGACGGUCUUGCCAGCAAUCAUCCUACAGCAAGUUCAGCCUAAGUACGACUUAUCCCGAUUGAUUUUCUACCGUGAAUCCGCCUCGAAGACGUACAGCCAGUUCGCCUUUGCAUCUUCUCUUGUUCUGGCAGAAAUGCCUUACAGUGUUCUCUGCGCUAUCUGCUUUUUUCUACCAUUAUACUACCUCCCUGGAUUUAAUAUGGAGACCAGCCGCGCAGGAUAUCAGCUGUUCAUGGUUCUGAUCACAGAAGUCUUUGCCGUGACUCUCGGACAGAUGAUCUCCGCCCUGACACCGAACAGCUUCAUUGCGUCCCAGCUCAAUCCCCCAUUUGUGAUUAUUUUCUCCCUGUUUUGUGGUGUCGCGAUCCCGAAGCCACAAAUCCCAAAGUUCUGGCGCGCAUGGCUCUACCAGCUUGAUCCUUUUACCCGACUUAUUGGGGGAAUGGUAGUAACGGAGCUCCAUGGGCGUGAUGUUUCUUGUUCAGAAAUAGAACUCAACACCUUCAAUGCUCCCCGUAACGAGACAUGUGGCGAGUACAUGCAAUCCUUCUUCGAGAGCGGUGGGGCUGGAUACUUAGUGAAGAAUGCCACUCAGACUUGCGAGUAUUGUGCGUACAAGAUCGGAGACCAGUUCUACGCGGCAUUCGGCAUGAACUUCGACAACCGAUGGAGGGAUCUAGGCAUCUUUAUCGCAUUUGUCGGGUCCAAUCUCAUCAUAUUGUUCCUAGCGUCCCGGUUUUUCAACUUUAACCGGAGGUGA